CGAUUCGCGCCGUCUGUAUGACUCUACGUUCGUAUUAAAAAUAAACUACGACUAAAAACCAAGCUGUGAUAACUUAACUUUACUUUUAAAUUUGAUAAAAAGUUGUAUUUAUCAUUAAUUUCUAGUAAUCAAACGGUAAAUUAAUGUAAUUGUGCGUAUGGUAAUGUUUACGCAACAUAACCUCUAAAAGUAUCGAGUGUAGUGUUUGUUUUUAAAUCGUCCGUCAUCAAUGGUGAACUGUGGCAGUGGCAAUGAAUCAUACAGCCAUGGAAAGAAAGCGGCCGCCUGUCGAAAGUAGUGCUAAGAGACAAAUUUUAACAGCACUGUUAGCAACAAUCCCUACAUUCACCUACGGCAUUCAGAUCGGCUGGCUAUCACCAACCCGUCUCCACCUGAAGGCCGCCGGCGUGACUGACAGCGACAUCUCUUGGUUAGCGGCCGCACUACCACUAGCGGCUAUUUGCGGCAUACCGUUCUUUAGUUACUCCAGUGACCGCUUCGGGAGGAAGAUCUGUAUCAUCACAGUGUCUCUUCUAUCUUGUAUAUCAUGGACCAUCAAACUAUCCACCCUCUCCGCCCCAUUACUGAUCGCCGCGCGCGCCAUCGCCGGUGUAGCGGCUGCCGGGUGCUUCGUCGUGGUGCCCGUCUACGUCAAGGAGAUCGCUGAGGACUCCUGGCGGGGAGCCUUAGCUUCUCUUACUAUGACUGUCUGCAAGCUAGGCGUCAUCUUCGUAUACGGGCUGGGCACAUGGCUGCCGUACACACACAACCAGGCGGUCUACUUGACCGUGGCGAUCGUCCAUGCGCUAGCCUUCUGCUUCAUGCCGGAGUCGCCUAACUACUUGCUGAAGCGGGGUAGAGAGAAGAAAGCAACACAAACAAUAGCGUGGUUACGGAGCCUCAACAGAGGAGAGACGUCCGUCCUCGAUGAAGUGCACAAACUGAAAGACGAGCACAGGCGGUUCGAUGAGAUGCCCAGGGUCACCCUGUGCAGUAUAAUACGGGACCGGGCCACCUUCUCUGCUCUCCGAGUCACGCUCAUGCUGAUGGCGCUCCAGACCCUCUCUGGGUGCUUCGCCCUCAUGAACUACGCGUCGGAAGUGUUCGCCAGGGCCGGCUCCACGUGGGACCCUAAUCUGCUGACGCUGCUCAUGGGGUUCCUGCAGUUGGCGGGCUCGUUCUUCACCACGGUCUCUAUCGAGAAGUUUGGGAGAAAGAUCCCACUGGCAUGCAGCUGCGCCGUGGUUUCCCUCUGCAUGAUCGCCCUAGCAACCUACUUCCUCACACACUCGGGUCCAAGAUGGCUUCCCGUGGCAUCUGUGUGUUUGUGUCUACUGUCAUACGGCGCUGGGUUAGCGCCCGUACCGAUGGUGGUGAUGGCUGAGGUGUUCACGUACCAGAUGCGAGCCCGCAUGGCCGGCGCGUCCAUGGCGUUCUCAUUCUUCUGCAGCUCAAUGACCGUGCUGUUCUACACGCCCAUAGCGACCGCGUUCGGUGUGCACGUGGUGUUCUACGUGUUCGCGGCCGUGACGGCGUGGGGGGUGGUGUACACGGCCCUCUGGGUGCCCGAGACGAGGGGGAAGAGUCUGCAGGAGAUUAGGGAGUAUUGGGCCAAGCCUGAACCCGUACAUGUAUAAAAAAAACUGAAAGAGAAUAGAGAUGUGACAUAUCUAUAGAUACAGGUUUUAUUAAAAACGACGUGAGCUCAAGUUUACAUCCCGUAGACCAGCCAUACUCUAAGUGUGUUCCGCGGAACCCUAGGGUUCCGCGACACCCCUGCAGGGGUUCCGCACGAAUUUAGAACACUAUGCUUUAUUAGUCGCCUCGAAAAAUUUUACUAUGCCGCCACCGCCGAUACCAUAUAUUAUUAUACUCUUUGGCCGAUACCUACUUGUGAGUGACUAUUGUUUUAUUGUAGGGUUCCAUCAAGUAUUUCGCUUUCCAAAAGGGUUCCGUCAAAAAAAAGAUUGAGAACCGCUGCCGUAGACAAUUUAGAAAUUUAACAGCAGUAUACCAUUCCACCAGUACUGGAGAUUGACGCGUAAGGGCAUUUUCACUUAAAAGUGUACCAUUUACUUUUUUGCGAAAACCCAUUAACUUUUGGGUUAUUUCUACUCAGAAUCACGAGGACUAUCGAUUUAAAAAGAAAAAAGUCCCAAAAAAAGUCAGUUUUUUAACGCAUUUUCACAUACAUUUUAUAUGAACCGUUACAAAACUAACACCCAAAAUUUGUAUGAUAAACUGGGGACACUUUUUUGGUUGUUCGAAAGUUGGUUAUUCGAAAAAAAGUAAAUGGUACUAUUUUUUCUGAAAACCCCCGUAAAACAAAAUAUCUUUUAGUAAAGAAGUUAAAUAAUUGUUGUAAAUUAUUACGGUUACCUCCUAUGGGACGCCACGUGCGUUAGUUCUUUUGCAGCCUCACACCUCGGCCGAACUGUGCGGAUGGCUGAAGACGUCACCACACAAUUAUCAAAAAUAUGAAAUAAAAUAAAUAAAAAACAAAACAUAUGGUCGGGUCGAGAUGUGAACUCAAAUCAUGUUGUGUAACUUAGUCUUAUUACACUCCAUGGCUCCAGCCACGAGGCUUUUUCAACAUACAUAUUUGCAUGACGGCGAAACCAAGGCGAGACUUGCUAACUUAUUCGCACACACAAUCCCAUUACCCCUCAUUCGCACGGGAGCUUUUUCAACGCGCGUUAAAAAAGCGUUUGAAUCUGUCCGCACUCCAAAUUCGAUUUAACGACCAAGGCUUAAAGUGGAAAAUCCAAUAACGCUUGAUAAAAAGCGCCACCGCUGUCGUGUGAAUACAUACAUGGUUAUCCAUUUGUCAUUCAAACGCUUUUUAACGCGCGUUGAAAAAGGUCCCGUGCGAAUGGGGGCUUACUGUCAAAAUAUAGUUCCGCCAGGGGUGCGAAACUCCUGACUUCGGUCAAACUCGGCUCAGCAUUGCUCCGAGCAAUUAUUAGGGUUGGCACCACUUGACUUCCUUUUGCGUGCACGACCAUAGAUAAGAUAAUCACUUGAUUUUUGACAACCCUAAAUAGCCGAAAGGGAUAGUGCCAUAUAUUAGAAAGAGACAGCAUGAUUCGACCCUGAACCGCUGUCAAACUUCGUUUUUGUAGGAAGUUUCCUUUCUGUACGAUAGUACUAUUAAUUAUUCUGUGGUUCCGCUGCAUGCUAGUGGCGCUGGUGUCGCUGGUACAGUCGACGUUAAAGAUAAGUUUACAUUUUUCGCCUUAUUACAAAGGAGUAAGGUGCUAAACUGUCAUCAACUUUUUACUAAGUGCCAAUUAUGGGAGAUUUGGUUGAGAUUUAGAUUGUAAUAAUAUGUGAUAUUGUUUUUUUAUGUAUACCAUGUUGUAUUUAUUUAUGGAGGAAUUAAAUAAAAAAACAAAGUGUUAUAUUUAUUAUUUAAUAUAUAACUACAGAGAAUCGUCUCGACGCACGCGUCGCGUCACCGCCGUCAGUUGUUAUCCAAUUUUUGGUACACUUAAAUGAUACAAAAGUGAAUUUAAAUUUAAAUUAAAAACAAUACACUAUUGCCAGGCUCGAAACACAGUUUGGACACCGAGCAAACAAACGUACAUUUACAAAAAUACUUCAUGUACGUAAUUUAUAAAGAACAAUUUUCGUUGGGUAGCUUUGACCAUUAAAUUCAAUCUGGGAUGCGUAUCCCUUAUCUUUUCAUCUCUUUUCCACGAGCCUAGAGAGAACGAAAUGUAUAUUAUUUUCAUCUCAGGGUGCCUAGCCAUAAUGCCAAUUGUUCUUUCCGUAGCAAACGAUAGGCUAGUGUGAGAGAGAUUACCGUUUCGUUCGCUACGGAGCGAACGAUUGGCAUCUUGGCUAGGCACCCUAGUCCCCUAAACGAUUAGAGUCCAGGGGCCGAUUGCAUAACAAACUACAACUAAUAUUACAAGCGGAACUCCUUAU